CUUAUGGGCCAGAAGAUACUGGAAGAUGGUGUGGCCUUCUCUUGCAAGAGGGAGAAGAAAGAGCCAUGGAGAUAGUAGCAGACAGACUGCCCAAGGUGGAGAUGGCUGCGGCUAUGGUGGUGAUGCUGCGAGGGGGUCUCCUGCCCCAGGCGGGCCAGCUGCCUGCCCUCCAGACUGUCUGCUAUGGCUCCAAGGCUGUUACCUGCCACCAUCGUGUGAUGCACUUUCAGCAACAGAAGCUGAUUGCUGUGACUGAAUAUAUCCCCCAGACACCAGCCAUCAACCCAACAUGUCGGCCAUCUCCUCCCGGCCCCCAGCAGGAGGCAUCACUGGAAGCCCUAGAACUUACCACAGAGGGAGCAAGGUUGCCAGGAGAAGUGACAGCUGAUGUACCCUUGGUUAUUGCUUUCCAAUUUCAGGAGAGGGGCCUCAUCAGGCUUCUCCACCGGGAGGUAGCAGCAGUUUUCCAGGACAACCGAAUGGUAACUGUCUGCCAGAAGGUGGCUCUGAGCGCAGAGGACAAGCUUCUUAUGUGACACCAGCUGCGGAAACGCAAGAUCCUGAUGAAGGUCUUCCCCAACCAGGUACCGAAGCCCUUCCUGGAGGAUUCCAAGUGCCAAAAUCUGCUGCCCCUUUUUGUGGGGCACAAUGUGCUGCUGGUCAGUGAAGAACCCAGGGUCAAGGAGAUGGUCUGGAUCUUAAGGACUGUGCCAUUCCUGCCGCUGCUAGGUAGCUGCAUCAGUGACACCAUCCUCAGCAGGCAGGGCAUUAUCAACUACUCCAACCUCCCCGGCCUGCCCCUGGCACGGGGGGAGCUUGUAGUAGGCCUCAUCUGCCUCACUGCCCAGACCCAGUCCCUGCUCCAGCACCAGCCCCUCCAGCUGACCACCCUGUUGAACCAGUACAUCAGACAGCAGCGCGAGGAGGAUUCUGUUUUGUCAGUCAAUGGGAAGCCAGAUCAUCCUGACCCUGCUCCGGACUCUUACCCAGCUGGUUAGCCAGCCCUGCCCAUAAAUACACUGUCCGAUUGGCUGUGCUGUCCACCAUGGGAGAUGUGGAAGAACUUGGGGUGGGGGAGUGCGUUUGUCACUGGGCUUUACUAACACUGGACAAUAUCACUCCCACACUAGGGGAGUGAUAUUGUCAGGUAUAGGGUCACUUGGAGAUGCAGAGGAUUCCAUUUCAAAUGGAGGCUGUCAGUCACUGGUUUUAUCCUUAGUUUUCCUAACUCGGGACCCAAUAGGAGCAAAGGUCCAAGGCAGAGAGGCUGAAAAGAUAAGGCUAUUACCCCCUGCCUCCUUGGUCACUGCCCCUUGCUGCAAGGGCUUCUUAGCCCACUCCCUUGGGGCACAAACUGCCACUGCCACAGUAGCUCAACCAAGCAGUCGUGCUGAGGAUAGCACUCGGUGAGAGCCUGCUGUGUGCCAGGCUUUGUGCUGAGUGCUGUACGUGCGUUAAUUCCUUUAUUCCUGACCACAUUGUACCCAUUUCACAGAGAAGGAGCAGAGAAGUAGCUUGCACAAGGUCAUGCGGUUAGUAAGUGGCAGAACAGAGACUUAAACCAGGCCCUCUCUGCUCUGAAGACAGCAUCCUGAAUUUCUACACUAGAGCUUCCUCAUCAGGUUACCCAGAAGUGGGUUCCAUCCACUAUCCAGGUGUGCUCGGAUGUUAGUUCUCCACCCUCGGGGUGUGCCAUGCUAUGGAAAGUUUGGGAGCACUGCUUUAUGAUAAAACGAAAUGCAUUCUACUUUCUCUAUUUUGUGGUUUACAUGGUUGUCCCACCUGUAGACUUAUUCUCAGGGACUUCUCUGUCUUCUGACUUUCCUCACUCUCAUUUCCCAUCCUAGGAAAAUCCUCUUCCCCUGUACCUGUUCCCACAAAUGGCAUCCCGCGCAUGCUUGCCCUGUGAAAGGCAGCUGACAGCUGUGCCCACUAGCUAACAUUUCUCUGGUGGUUCUGAACAAAAGGGCUGGGGGGAAACUAGGAUUCUCGGUUAAUGGGGGAUUCUGAGGGCUCUAGAGUAGGAGGCCUCAUGCAAGUCUCCGUGAAUCAGAAAUUCCUAACAAAGGAGAUUGGAUGCUUAACUCAGAAAACAAACAAACAAACAAAAAACAAACAACAACAACAAAGUUACUUGUUUGAUACUUGAAACAAGUUAUGUCUGAAAGAGCAAAUAAGGUAUAAACUCUUAAUUGGGGGUUAUAUUUCAGUGUAAGAUGUGUAUAUUAAAGUCUCUUGAUGUGUAGACUAACUUUUUAUUAAUUGACCACUGUCCACAAAUCAGAGCAAACAGCUGCUUGCCACAGAAAUGAAACUACUGCAAAUUCUGGAAAUGUCGCCACCUUGAGAAGAUUGUUCAUUGGAAGAUAUUAAAUUGCAGGUUUACUUACAA